AUGUCACGGUUCUUCAAUCUUGCACUAAAACUGUAUCCAGCAUUUCAAGAGGCUGCUGUCGAGUCUACCAUAGCUCGAUACUCGGGAGGCUGCUCAUCGAAGAAGAAGAACAGCAACUGUGCUAAGAAAAAGGAUCCGUGCAAGAAACCUGAGCCGUGCAAGCCAGCUCCCUGCCCAAAACCUGAUCCGUGCAAGAAACCACCGCCUUGUCCUCCAAAACCACCUCCAUGUCCAAAACCUGAUCCAUGCAAGAAACCAGAUCCAUGUCCAAAACCUGAUCCAUGCAAGAAACCAGAUCCAUGUCCAAAACCAGAUCCCUGUCCAAAACCAGAUCCCUGUCCAAAACCUGAUCCUUGCAAGAAACCAGAUCCUUGUCCUCCGAAACCACCUCCGUGUCCAAAACCAGAUCCCUGUCCAAAACCAGAUCCUUGUCCAAAACCAGAUCCCUGUCCAAAACCUGAUCCAUGCAAGAAACCAGAUCCCUGUCCAAAACCUGAUCCUUGCAAGAAACCAGAUCCCUGCCCAAAACCUGAUCCAUGCAAGAAACCAGAUCCUUGUCCCAAACCAGAUCCCUGUCCAAAACCUGAUCCAUGCAAGAAGCCAGAUCCUUGUCCAAAACCUGACCCAUGCAAGAAACCUGAUCCCUGUCCAAAACCAGAUCCCUGUCCAAAGCCAGAUCCAUGUCCAAAGUGUUAG